CAAAAUUACUCUAAAGAGUCACAAGUCACGACAUACAAAAAAACAUAACCAAGCGAUUCAACCAAUCAACCGAAAGUUCAAAAUGAUCUUACGUUUUCAAUAAUUCUGGAGUGUGAUUAAUCGAUUCACUUAUUGUUCGAGCACAUUUGACUUGGGCUGUUCACAUUUUCUCAUAUGCUGUUAUCCUAAAAUCCUCUUAUUUUGGAAAAUUCGAUUAGUUUAGAAUGCAUCGCGCAUCAGCUCAUCUUAUGUCUCUCAUGUAUAUUGUAUGUAUUGUAUAUCUAUACCUAAUAGCGGCUAAGUUCACGUCGGUUGGACCGAUUAUAUAUACUCACACGGCAGCCAUGUUUUAGAACGCAUCUACCAACCAUCGCGUCACGCGAAUCAAGUCAUUGUCCGAUAUUUAUUCAAAUUUGCAUUUGUAAAAUAGGUGUUGCGAUAUUGUAGAAUCAUUGCGCGUCUGUUAGUAGAAUUUCGCCGUACAUAAUUAAUAUCGCACACUACUGUUUUAUCAUCGAUAACGUGUUUUUCGCUGCGAUGGACGUGCGCCCAGUGCAUUCACAGCCAACUUCAGAGGCGUGUCAUGUUUGCGCUCGGUGCGUUGCAUCGUGAUCGAAAUCGUCGCGUUUCGUCGUCGGGAUUCUAUGAAAAAUGCUGUCGCUAGGCCCGAAAAAGGACGGCGGACCUAACGCCAAAUUCUUCGAAGCGCCAGAAGUUCUUACCCAGCUUGAUGGUGUUAAGCAGUGGCUGCUCAAGAACUGCAAGAAGUAUGUACAAACGGAUCCGCCCACUAAUAAGAGCUUAGCCACGUUGCUGGUACAGAUUCUGCAAUUUCAGGAGGAUAAUCUUGGCAAAAAUGUAUCAAAGCCACCUAUGACUAGACUUCCAAUGAAAUGCUUCCUAGAUUUUAAGCCUGGUGGUGGUGUGUGUCACAUAUUAGCUACUGCUUAUCGUUUUAAACAGGAGCAAGGAUGGAGGCGUUUUGAUUUUCCUCUUGCAAAGAAAUAUCUUUUUUUAUGUAUAAUGUUGAUAUUCUUGUCUAUAAAAGUUGCAUAA